AUGGGUUCACAUCCAACAUUAGAUAUGGACUUCGUUGCUCUUCCCAAAAUCGAGCUCCACGCUCAUUUGACGGGUAGCGUAAGCCGUCGCACCCUCCACGACAUCUGGGUCCUCAAACGCGAGGCAGGUGAAACAGAUCUCGAGGAUCCUCUCGUCGUGAUGCCGGACGGCAAACACGACUACGACCUCACCACCUUCUUCCCCCUCUUUUCGUCUUACAUCUACAACCUCAUCACCGACGUCGAGACCCUCCACACAGCAACCCUCUCAGUCCUCAAAGACUUCCACGCAGACGGCGUGACCUACCUCGAGCUUCGCACCACCCCGCGCUCCCUACCCUCCCCAAUGCCCCAGCCGCCCUCCGUCUAUGUCUCCACCAUCCUUUCCGCGAUUGCCUUCUUCGAGGCCUCCCACCCGGGACAGGAGACAAUGCGCACCCGCCUAAUCCUCUCAGUCGACCGCCGCCACACCCCAGCGCAAGCCCACGAAACAGUCCGUCUCGCCGCCUCCUUCCGCGACCGCGGCGUUGUCGGCGUCGACCUUUGCGGCGACCCCGCGGCCCGCGUCCACACUGGGGUACCGGGCCAGGACGAUGUCUCCAUUUUUCGCAGUGCCUUUGCGGAGGCUCGGAGGCUUGGCCUUGGCAUCACGAUCCACUUUGGCGAAGCCGAGUGCUCCGGUCACCCGGCGGAGCUCGCGGAGAUUUUGUCGUGGUCGCCGCGGAGGCUGGGCCAUGUCAUCCACCUCGGCGAGGACGUCAAGCGAGAGAUUUUCGAGCGCGGGAUCGGACUUGAGCUGUGCCUCAGCUGCAACGUCCACGCGCGCAUGGUGACGAGCGGGUUUGAGGGGCAUCAUUUCGGGGAGUGGUGGGGUAUGGAGGGGAGCUUGAUAUCUCUAGGCACUGACGACGUCGGUGUCUUUGGCAGCCCAUUAUCCAACGAAUAUAGGCUGGUAGCGGAGCAUUUCAAGCUCUCCCGAGACGAAAUCUGCGCGCUUGCCCGCCGGGGUAUAGAUUCCAUCUUUGCAGACGAUGCCGAAAAAGAGCGUCUCCGGCAAAUGAUGUGGAAACCCGCCAGGGUUGAGAAAUAA